UGCAAGAUGGCCCCUCAUAUAAAAACAGUCUACUCAGUCGCCUCGUCAGCGACACAAAAUAACUCUUUAUACUUAAUUAGGUUGAAGUAUUUAUCUGCAAAGAGUUCUGAAGGGUAACGUAAGCCAUGGAUUCAUAUGUUUGUGGUACUUGGUAACAUUUGGUGGCAGAAGAUACCGGGGAGGCAAGAGAGACAACUUUGAAGCCAUGAAUUGAAAGUGAACUCGGCGUCUUGUUUUGACACACUUGGGGCGGUCAGUAGCACAUCCGCAGACUGCCGGGCCUCGACUCGCUAACGCUAGCUGCUAACUAGCCUGCUGUCAUUCUUCGCCACACUUCGGAAUCCAUUUACAGUGAUCGUGUUGAGUCUAUAGUUUCGAUUUGAAUGUGGGACGGGAAGAGCGACAGGACUCCUGAACAUGGCUGUAACAAGACUUGAUCGUUUGUUCAUCCUACUUGACACUGGAACAACUCCAGUAACGAGGAAAGCAGCAGCCCAGCAGCUAGGAGAAGUGGUUAAACUCCACCCGCAUGAGCUUAAUAACUUAUUGGCUAAGGUCUUGACCUAUCUAAGGAGUCCCAAUUGGGACACUCGUAUAGCCGCGGGCCAAGCUGUGGAAGCUAUUGUGAAAAAUAUUCCAGAAUGGAACCCUGCCCCAACGCCUAAAGAAGAGUCAUUAUCGCCUGAGGAUCCAGCCAGCGAGAGGCUGAGUUUCUACCAUUUUGACAUUUGCCGCCUACUCAAACAUGGUGCCUCUCUUCUGGGCUCCGCUGGUGCAGAGUUUGAAUUGCAAGAUGACAAAAUGUGUGAGAUGGACCCCAAGGAACGCCUGGCCUGCCAAAGAAAGCUUCUUCAGAAGAAGUUGGGACUUGACAUAGGCGCCGCCAUUGGCAUGGACACCGAGGAGCUGUUUAAUGACGAAGACCUGGACUAUACUUGUCCGUCGAGUGUCUCGAGGCCUCAAGGAAGCAAGAUUACAGCAGGGUCCAGCUCCCGUAAUCACGUCCCUAUUCAAGCUGCCGAAUUGAUAGACUCGGAAUUCCGGCCAGGCAUGAGCAAUCGCCAGAAGAAUAAGGCAAAGAGGCUGGCAAAGCUAGUUGCAAAACAAAAAUCCAGAGACUUGGAUCCAAAUGAAAAGAGUAAUGACAGUUUUGAAGGUGAGCCUGAAGAGAAACGAAGGAAAACCACCAGCAUAGUUAUUGACCCGCCAGCAACAGAACAUAAAGUUCUAAUGAACAAAGUUCAGGAUUACGCCAGUCUUUCAGACGAGUCACAAGAAUGGCCAUUGGAAAGCUUCAGUGAAGAACUCUGCAACGACCUCUUUAAUCCUUCCUGGGAGAUCCGUCACGGUGCAGGCACUGGUCUUCGAGAAAUCCUCAAGUCCCACGGCGCAGGAGGUGGCAAACUUGCGGGAAGCACUGCAGAGCAGAUGUCGCGGCAGCACGAGGAGUGGAUACAAGACCUCGUCAUCCGUUUGCUGUGCGUCUUUGCUCUGGACCGUUUUGGAGAUUUUGUAUCGGAUGAGGUUGUGGCUCCUGUCCGAGAGACGUGUGCUCAGACGCUUGGUGUGGCACUGCGCCACAUGAGUGAGACUGGGGUGUCCAUGACAGUUGACGUGCUGCUGAAGCUGCUCAAAGAAGACCAGUGGGAGGUCCGUCACGGAGGCCUGCUCGGAAUCAAAUAUGCACUCGCGGUCCGACAGGACCUGAUCUCUGUUUUACUCCCACGGCUGCUCCCUGCCAUCACUGAGGGCCUUCAGGACCUUGAUGAUGAUGUCAGGGCUGUGGCUGCUGCGGCACUCAUCCCUGUGGUGGAAGGCUUGGUGCAGUUACUGCCCAAUAGGGUACCGUUCAUCAUAAACACAUUGUGGGAUGCUCUUUUGGAUCUGGACGACCUCACCGCUUCCACCAACAGCAUCAUGACAUUGUUAUCGUCUUUGCUCACCUACCCGCAGGUUCGACAGUGCAGUAUGCAGCAGUCCUUAACGGUGCUGGUCCCUCGGGUUUGGCCCUUCUUGAGGCACACUAUCUCAUCUGUUCGGCGGGCGGCGCUAGAAACGCUUUACACGCUCCUGUCUAAAUCUGACCAGAAAUGUGCAUUGUGGAUCAACCCCAUCCUCCAAGAUAUGCUCCGUCACAUGUUCCAGUCUUGUAUACUUGAAAGCAAUGAGGAAAUUCUGGAACUUAUCCAAAAGGUGUGGGCGGAGCUACUCUCUCAGGCCCCGCAACAGUUUGUGGUAGCAGCCAGCUGUCCAUGGAUGGGCGCCUGGCUCUGUCUCAUGAUGCAGGCCUCGCACAUUCCCAUAGACCUCAACAUGUUGCUUGAAGUCAAGGCUCGCGCCAAGGAUAAAGCUGGUUCAAAGGCACGCCAAGGCACCAACCAGAUCAAGGAAACAGUCCAGGAGUACAUAGCAGGGGCAGAGACGGUGACCGAUGACCCAGUAUCGAGGGACUAUGUGGUGAUCCGUGCUCGCCUUAUGGCUGCCAAAUUGCUUGGGGCUCUAUGUAAGUGUAUAUGCGAGCCUCAUCUCAAUGCUGCGUCUCAGGAGAUCCGUCCAGCUGAGUCUCUGGGCCAGUUAUUGCUCUUUCACCUUAAUUCAAAGUCUGCACUUCAGCGAAUAGCUGUAGCUCUUGUACUCUGUGAGUGGGCUUCUCUGCAAAAGGAUUGCCAGAUAGUGUCAAGUGCGGUGCAGCCUCGUCUCCUCGCCAUUCUGUCCGAGCAGUUGUAUUACGACGAGAUUGCCAUCCCUUUCACGCGCAUGCAGAACGAGUGCAAGCAGCUCAUCGCCUUGCUUUCUGAGGCUCACGUGGACGUUCAAGAGCGCCUCAAUUGUAGUGUGUUCACUAUCGAUCAAGCCAACGAGCUGUUAACCACCAUCUUCACAGAAUCAACAGCUGCCUUGAAUAUGACGACCAAACCGUGGCAGGUAUUGGACAACAAGCGGCAGCAGGCCCAAGCCACAGUCAUGGAAACCAGCCACGAAUGGCAGCAGUUGCAUCUGCGUGUCCACAUGUUCACCGCUUGCGCGGUGAUCAACCUGCAAGUGCUUCCCGACAAACUCAACCCGCUGGUUCGACCUCUGAUGGAGAGCAUUAAGCGGGAGGAGAACACGCUUAUUCAGGGCUACGCCGCUUCUUUCAUUGCCAAGCUGCUGCAGCAGUGUGCUGGACGCUCACCGUGUCCCAACCCCAAAAUUAUCAAAAACCUCUGCGCCUCACUUUGCGCAGACUCUUCAGUCACCCCUUCGUCCGCCUGCCCCGUACCACCCGCACAGGAAAACUCCAAAGGCGGCGGCUUGGACAAAGACUGCCUGCAUCACAUGGUUAACAAAACUCAAGGCAUCAUGACUCUGUACCGUCAUCAAAGGGCAGCAUUUGCAAUCACCAGUAAAAGGGGCCCUGUUCCCAAAUCGUCCAAGACUCCCACUUCAGACCUUCCUCCAGGCAGCGCCAUCGGUGUAGACAAUGACGAGAGGAAGCCGUGUCUUAUUCAAAGGAGAGGGGCGGAGUUCUCGCUAACAACCAUUGCGAGGCAUUUUGGUAGCGACCUCACCGAGUCACUACCAUACCUUUGGGAGAACACAGUGGGGCCUUUGAGGACCGUGGUCAAUGAAAAGCAUUUGAUCGAUAGGCAGAUUCAGCUGGAAAGAGGUGACGUUGCAGCUCAGGAACUGGUCAACUCACUCCAAGUGCUUGAAGUCAUGAGUGGAGCCAUGUCCCAUGAGCUCAAACCUCUGCUGCUGGAGCACCUUCCUCAUCUGUUUACCUGCCUCCAGCAUCCUUACACGGCAGUGCGUCACAUGGCAGCUCGGUGCGUGGGCGUGCUUAGCAAGCUAUCCAUGCUGGACACCAUGGAUGCCUUUCUGGAGCGUGUCCUGCCCUGGUUAGCCGCGAUUCACGACAGCACCAAGCAGGAGGGGGCCAUCGAGGCUCUGGCUUGUGUCAUGGAACAGUUGGAUGUGGAUAUAGUGCCCUACAUCGUAUUGCUGGUAGUACCGGUGUUAGGACGUAUGAGUGAUCCUAGCGACAGCAUUCGUUUCAUGGCCACGCAAUGCUUUGCUACGCUCAUCCGUCUCUUGCCACUGGAGGCAGGCAUACCAGACCCUCCUGCCAUGUCUGCUGACCUGAUCCGACAAAAGGCCAGAGAGCGACACUUCUUGGAACAACUGCUCGAUGGCAGAAAACUGGAGAAUUACAGCAUCCCUGUGCCCAUUAAGGCAGAGCUAAGGAAGUACCAGCAGGAUGGUGUGAACUGGCUGUCCUUCCUAAACAAGUACAAGCUCCACGGGAUCCUGUGUGAUGACAUGGGCCUCGGCAAGACUCUGCAGUCCAUCUGCAUUCUAGCAGGAGAUCACUACCUCAGGUCUCAGGAAUAUGCCAAGACAAAAGCGGCAGACUGCAUCCCGCUGCCCUCUCUGGUGGUGUGCCCACCCACACUGACUGGUCACUGGGUGGACGAGGUGGGCAAGUUUUGCGCCAAAGAGUACCUCAAUCCACUGCACUAUACUGGCCCACCUACGGAGAGAAUGCGGUUACAACACCAAGUGAAGAAACACAAUCUUGUAGUUGCUUCUUACGAUGUCGUACGAAACGACAUUGACUUUUUUAAAAAUAUCAAAUUCAAUUACUGUAUUCUUGAUGAAGGCCAUAUCAUCAAAAAUGGCAAAACCAAACUUUCCAAAGCUAUUAAACAAUUGGCUGCCAACUUCCGUGUCAUCUUGUCGGGAACGCCGAUUCAGAAUAACGUUCUGGAGCUCUGGUCCCUUUUUGACUUCCUGAUGCCGGGCUUCCUGGGGACCGAGCGCCAAUUUGCUGCACGUUACGGCAAACCCAUCCUGGCCAGUCGUGACGCCAAAAGUUCCUCACGGGAACAGGAGGCCGGCGUCCUGGCCAUGGAGGCGCUUCAUCGGCAAGUGUUACCCUUCCUUUUGAGAAGGAUGAAAGAGGAUGUACUGCAGGACCUUCCUCCCAAAAUAAUUCAGGACUACUACUGUAACUUGAGUCCUCUUCAGGUUCAGCUCUACGAAGACUUUGCCAAGUCCCGGGCCAAGGCGAGCAUAGACGAUAGCAUCUCUGCCCCUACAGAGCAAGAGGAAAAGCCCAAGCUGAAAGCCACAGGUCACGUCUUCCAGGCCCUGCAGUACCUGCGGAAGCUGUGCAACCACCCGAGCUUGGUGUUGACCCCACAGCAUCCAGAGUACAAACGCGUCACUGAGCAGCUAGCGGGCCAAAGUUCCAACCUGCGGGACAUUCAGCACGCUCCAAAACUCUCUGCACUAAAACAGUUGCUCCUCGACUGCGGACUCGGUGGCGGGGGUUCCGAAGAGAGCACCGAGGCAGUGGUGGCUCAGCAUCGGGUGCUCAUUUUCUGUCAGCUGAAGAGCAUGCUGGAUAUUGUUGAGCAUGACCUUCUGAAACCCAAAAUGCCCACGGUCACAUACUUGCGACUGGAUGGGAGCGUGCAGGCCGGCCUGCGCCACGCCAUCGUGUCCCGGUUUAACAAUGAUCCAUCCAUUGAUGUGCUGCUGCUGACCACGCACGUCGGUGGUCUUGGUCUGAACCUGACUGGCGCUGACACGGUGGUGUUUGUAGAACAUGACUGGAACCCGAUGAGGGACUUGCAGGCCAUGGACCGUGCUCAUAGGAUAGGCCAGAAAAGGGUCGUGAACGUGUACAGGCUCAUCACUCGAGGCACCCUGGAAGAGAAGAUCAUGGGCCUGCAGAAGUUCAAGAUGAAUAUAGCCAACACCAUCAUCAGCCAGGAGAAUGCCAGCCUGCAGAGCAUGGGAACAGACCAACUGCUCAACCUCUUCACGCUUGACAACGACGAGCAGAAGGGUGAGCAGUCCACGUCGAGCUCAGGGAAGGCCUCUAUGAAGUCGGUGCUGGACGGCUUGGGAGAGCUCUGGGACCAGCAACAGUACGACAGCGAGUAUAAUCUGGACACUUUCAUGCACUCCCUGCAGUAGCGCCACCUUGCCUCCCAUACUCACCUCACGGCUCUGGAAUAUCAUAUCGGCUGGCCAAGCAGGACCUGGUCAGAAUCUGACGAACCCUGCAAGAACGUCUUCGAUCCAAGUGUCCCUCUUACCGCUCUAAAGUUUUUCACUGGUUUUCAGUGAAUCCUUUACAAAGUUGCAAAGGUAAUCCGUUUGAUCACGUAGUCUCGGCAGCGUAAAAUGGGUUUCUUCAGUAGUAGCUGCUACUUGUUGUGGCAACCAAUACGGUUCCUUCUUAUCCCUUCUCUUCCACCUCUGCGUCAUAAAGCUCAACGGAAUCCAGUCACCUUGCUCUCAAGUUAAACAUUGCCAAUCCAAAUGUCAGUGACCAAUUUGUCACACCACACCAAACUUUGUAUGAGACAACUGAGCACCUCUUCCCUAUCCACUAGAUGGCGCCAUUUUUGUAGUUAUUCAAAAGUGGUGCGGACAAGAGCCUGAACCUCCCAAUGAGUAUAAGAUGAGCAGGGGAAAAGUUGCGCACUUGAUGCAGCGUCACAGAGACUAAACCUUUUUCAGGGGCUAAGCUGAAAAUAGCUUCUGAAAUGUAUUUUAAAGAAAUUCAUAUGUACACAUUUCUGUAAUAGCUGCUUUUUGUUUAUGAAAGUGGAAUUGAAAUAAAUUCUACAAACCCUUUGAGCUACAUUAAGCAACAUUGUUUUGUACAUCCU